UGCAUUUGCCUCCAUAGUGUACAGCACAGUACAUUAGGCAGUGCAUUACCGCUAGCUUUGCAAAGACCCCUGUGCGUUAGUAGCCUACCCCUCCGUCUGAACAUUUCUUACGGAAACUCGACCCCACGUUUCGAGAUUCGGCGCGCGUCCACCUAUGGAUCCCUGGGCUGAGUAAAACAGAUUUGUUCUGGAAUCUGCGCUACCCUACCGGAAGGCAUUUAUAAACAACUUUCAUAAGACAGCCAGAGAAACCCCAGCCUUUGUUCCGCGCUUGGGGUCGACUACUUUUACGCCUGAAAGAUCCUGACAAAACCGCCAAGCUGUUCUCCUCGUACUUAAGACGCACCCUCCGCUCCAGCGCUACCGGUCUCUCCGUAGCCGCUGCCGCAACGCUCUCCAAGAAGAGCACCCCACCUUACCAGAGCGAGAUCCAGACAAUUGGCAAGCGGAGGAUGCACAGCAGGGUCGUCAUCAUCGGCUCCGGGCCAGCCGCCCACACCGCCGCCAUCUACCUCGCGCGCGCCGAGCUGAAGCCCGUCCUCUACGAGGGCUUCAUGGCCAACGGCAUCGCGGCAGGCGGCCAGCUGACGACCACGACCGAAGUCGAGAACUUCCCCGGCUUCCCCGAGGCCGUGACGGGUCAGGAGCUGAUGGAUAGGAUGCGCAACCAGUCGGAGCGCUUCGGCACGGUCAUCAUCAGCGAGACGGUUGGGAAGCUCGACCUCUCCAAGCGGCCCUUCGAGUACUCGACGGAGUGGAACCCGGACGAGAUCCAUACCGCCGACGCCGUGAUCCUGGCCACGGGCGCGUCUGCCCGCCGGCUGGGGUUGCCGGGGGAGGACAAGUACUGGCAGAAUGGCAUCUCGGCGUGCGCCGUGUGCGACGGCGCGGUACCCAUCUUCAGGAACAAACCGCUGGUCGUGAUUGGCGGCGGCGAUUCGGCCGCCGAGGAGGCCUUGUUCUUGACCAAGUACGGCAGCCACGUCACGGUGCUGGUGCGGAGGGACAAGCUGCGCGCGAGCACCAUCAUGGCGAAGCGGCUGCUGAGCAACAAGAAGAUCACCGUGCGGUUCAACACGGUCGGCGUCGAGGUCAAGGGCGACGAGAAGGGCCUGAUGAGCCACCUCGUCGUCAAGGACGUCGUCACGGGCCGGGAGGAGACGCUCGAGGCGAACGGGUUGUUCUACGCUAUCGGCCACGACCCGGCGACGGGCCUCGUCAAGGGCCAGCUCGAGACGGACGCGGACGGCUAUGUCGUGACGAAGCCGGGCUCUACACUUACUAGUGUGAAGGGUGUAUUUGCGGCGGGAGACGUUCAGGACAAGAGGUAUCGGCAGGCCAUCACCAGCGCUGGCACCGGCUGCAUGGCGGCGCUGGACGCGGAGAAAUACCUGGCGGAGCUCGAGGAGGAGCAGGCAGACGGAAAGGCGGCCAACGGCAAUCUAUAGACUCGCGUUCGCUCGAUAGAUUUCGUCGUGGUGGACACAGCGUAGCCGCGACCUUUGAAUAGAGAUACCUUUAUCGGCUUCUCAUUACUUGAGGGUGUGCAAGACCGAUGAGCGGUGGGUGCUUGGAUGAGCUACGAGAUUGUGACGAUGUCCAAAGCGCUCUGCCCUUCGGCUUCCCCAGCCGCUUCUCAUGAACUCAUCUGCUCGUGUUUGCACUGUGCUAUCUCGACAACUGCACAUGUUCUGGCA